UGAUAGACACUAAGGUGAAGUAUCUUCGUUGGUCAGCUCUCCCGAGCCUUAAGGAUUCUUUUCUAAGAUAGGAUAAGCUGCCUGAGAGUGAGUUCCAACGCUCGUUCGAAUUCUGCUCGCAGUCAGGACGUGGGUCUUUCCAUAGUGUGAACUACCCCGAAUUCUCGGCACAUCUCAAGGGCCGCAAUGCUGUAUUGCGUUUAAAUACCUAUGCCACGUUGAAAAGGCGGAAUGCCAUACGAAUGGCCCAUAUAGAAACCUCACGUCGUUAGCUGAUUCCUACCUCGUUGGUGGGGUCGCCGUUCGGUCUGCCUCAUCGCUGUCCCCGCCCCUCGAGUCUUUUUUUCGCUCGCGACCCACUGAAGGCAUUGUAUGCCGUUAGAAUGAUUGGUACAGGAGAUCUGACUUCCAGAAAGAAGCCAGCCCUUCUUUGGUGAGUGCCGGUACAGUUAGGCAAAAGGGGCCGCGCCCAAAUUGCUGAUCUUUUGAGCCUCCGACCCUUCUUACCUCGUCAUAAAAAGACUCAAUAAUUCUGCCCUUUCUUUUUUCCCCGGAGUGCAACUUCCAUAUUAAUUUUUGAUUUUUGCCCCCUCACCACAUACCUAUUACCUAAGUAUGGCGGACAGUCAUCGAGGACAUGGCCAUUCACGGUCAUCUUCUAACCGUACUCGCCAAAGCGCUCGGCCUCGGUCCCAGCGUCAUCGACGUAUUACGGAACCUAGUAGCACACCUUCUAUUGUUGGAGAUGAGGUCGUGGGGUAUCAAAUAUCUUUGGAAGAAAGUAGCAACACCAACGCCGCGUAUUUACAGGGCAAUACCGACAUGGAGGAAACAGUGACGUACCAGAAUAUUCAUCCAACCAGCACUACCACGACAGAUCUUUCAAGAUCCGUAUACACCACAAGCAUCUUCAGACCAUCGACCGCCCCUCAUGGGGGGGAUGAUGCCAACGUUACAUCAUAUGAUCCUCACAUAUCCAACUAUGAUUCGUAUCCGCCGGAUAUCUCGCCUGACUACCACCAAUUGGACCCAUCCUACUCGAUGACUGCCGCCAUGAAUACUAGCUCCAGGUGGCUAUACUCAACAUAUCUGUCCUCGAAUGGCCAUACCACCAAUACAACCACGUCUGACGACGUGACUGCAUACACCCAGCCAGUACCAUACCCACAGAGAGACACGAGGUUCAAUAUUUUUAGUAUAUCCCCGAUUUCAUCGCCUGGUGAGAUGGAAGUUAUAGACGAGGAUAACACCCGGCAAGAGACAGAUGGUGUGUUUAGCCAGGACCAAGGCCCACACACUCAAGCAUUAUCAGACCCCUAUGACACAUCUUUAGGGAGACGGUGGUCUACCGAGAACCAUCAUGGCUCUAUUGAGGACACCACCGAGCAGGUCAUCCCUGAUAAUAUAGGGAGGCAAGCCGAAGAAGAAGAGCAGAAUCACUCUAUCGACGAACGACUUGGAGAAGACAAUAUCCGCCAUUACAUGGUUCGUAUAGAGCCAUGGAGCCCAGUGAAUCGGCACAACGAAAGCCACUAUACUAGCCACUCAUAUUUGCGCCGCGAUUCUUCAGAUCAUGUCGAUGACGAGGAUGAAACUAAUUAGGUAAGCUCUACCCCUGCCUGGCGAGGGUAAUCUCUGAUCGCUAGUGGUUGGAGAACAUCGGAUAGAAGUAAAAUAUAGUUCAUACGGCGUACGGUUUCCCUUAUCUCGGACGGAAUUAUACCUUACCUAGGUAGGCAUGUGUCGUUGAUUGUAGAGAACGUGGUUCAACAGGGAGAAAUAUGCUUUUGGGAUAAUGUAAGGAUUGGGUGUUUCAACAUAGGGUCAAAUUCUUGUAAGAAAGCAAAACUCGCCACCGCCUGUAUGAGCUGUAGUGUUAGGGAUAAUGAAGAUUUACGUCGCCACUGACUAUACACCGCUAGGCCGGCGAAGCAAUACUAACCCAUUGAUAAGCCCGAAAGCAGCCGUGGGAACGCGUCUUUUGGGCUUACGGUAGACACGACUAAUUAUUCUUUCCCCUAAGCGCUAGAGCCGAUAUCCAUUCACAGUCCAUCUUUUAUAUAGGUAAGUCCAUUCUGUUACUCAAUGGCGAGUUGUAAUCCCGGCUUAUUUCAUCUUGCGUGAAAACGCACGUGAAACAGUCCACCCUGAUCUGAAGGAUACCCUGAUACAUGACCACAACAGAAACACGACGUCGAACCAACGUCAAAUCUUCAGAAAGGGCGUGCGAAAC